CAGUUCUCACACUCGUUCUACCCAAUGUUCCUCCUCCGCAUUAGCUUUUGUUGUUCCAGCUCUUCAAAUCGACGCCACCGGCGGACAGUGAUUUAGCUCAGUGAAUCUGCCGGCGACCAUGGCCAGGAUUCCUUUAGGGUGCGAGCCAGUUAUCGGGUCUCUCGUUCCCUCGAAGAAAAGAGACUACAGGGUCACCAACCGUCUCCAAGAGGGCAAACGUCCUCUCUACGCCGUCGUCUUCAACUUCAUUGACUCUCGUUACUUCAACGUCUUCGCCACCGUCGGCGGCAAUCGGGUGACUGUCUACCAAUGCCUUGAAGGAGGAGUUAUAGCUGUGUUACAGUCUUAUGUCGAUGAGGAUGUAAGAACUAAGGAUGAAUCCUUCUACACGGUGACCUGGGCGUGCAAUCGCGAUGGAUCCCCAUUUGUUGUUGCUGGCGGAAUCAAUGGGAUCAUCCGUGUUAUAGAUGCUGGCCACGAAAAGAUAGACAAGGUAUGCAAUGGGGAGUUUUUUAUGUAGAAAUCAACUGGUAGCUACUGGCCUUUCUGUAAGAACUCACUGCCAUGGAACUGCAAGCAAGGAAAUCUAAACAUAUGUUUGCUGGUCGUUGAGUUUUGCCCCUCAUUCUCAGAACUCUUAGACCAUGAGCUCUAGGUGAAGUCGCUUGGAAAUGGUUAAAUGUAUAAAUCCGUUUUCGAAUGCAUUUAUAGUUAUAGCUGGAAGUUUGUAGAACCUGUUGUAUUUCAAGUCUUAGUAACUAUGUGCUAUCUUUUGUCCACUUGCAUUCUUUCACUUGUAUGAGCAGAGCUUUGUAGGUCAUGGGGACUCAGUAAAUGAAAUAAGGACUCAGCCACUAAAACCUUCACUUGUGGUAUCAGCAAGUAAAGACGAGUCAGUUCGCCUGUGGAAUGUUCAUACCGGAGUUUGCAUUCUCAUAUUUGCUGGAGCUGGGGGUCAUCGGAACGAAGUUUUAAGUGUCGACUUCCAUCCUUCAGAUAUGUAUCGCAUAGCAAGUUGUGGAAUGGAUAACACUGUGAAGAUUUGGUCAAUGAAAGAGUUUUGGCCGUCUGUCGAAAAAUCAUUCACGUGGACAGACCUUCCUUCGAAGUUCCCCACCAAAUAUGUGCAGUUUCCGGUCUUCAUAGCUUCAGUUCACUCAAACUAUGUUGAUUGUAACCGGUGGCUUGGAGAUUUUGUCCUUUCAAAGAGUGUUGACAAUGAGAUUGUGUUGUGGGAACCGAGAACGAAGGAUCAGUCUCCCGGAGAGGGGACGGUGGACAUCCUUCAAAAAUACCCUGUUCCAGAAUGUGACAUUUGGUUCAUCAAGUUCUCGUGCGACUUCCACUAUAAUGCUGCUGCCAUAGGGAACAGAGAGGGGAAGAUCUUUGUCUGGGAGCUGCAAACCAGUCCCCCCAGUCUUAUAGCAAGACUCUCUCAUGCUCAAUCCAAAUCUCCAAUUAGACAGACCGCAAUGUCUUUUGAUGGCAGCACCAUCCUUAGCUGCUGCGAGGAUGGAACAAUAUGGCGCUGGGAUGCAGUAUCCUCAUCAUCUUCAUCGUCAUCUUCCCAAGUGUAGUGUAGGAAUUCGAACGCGUCACUGUUUGCAUCUUUCAAUUAAAACAGAAAGGUGUGGGGGAUAUGAACAAGGAUAGUUUCCGCAAUCGAGGCUACCAUUUUCUCUGUUGUUGUAAAAUAGCUAUUAGUAAUCACUAUUGUAGCAUUGUCCCAGUUGGUCAUUUUCACUACUUUUCCUUGUAAUCCUUUUGCUCUUCAUCUUUUACUUUGGUUGGAAGAUGGAGCACUCCACUCGACAUAUUCGUUCCAAAAAUCGGAAGCUAAGAGCCGGAUAUGGAGUAUUUCAGUUCAGUCUGGUUCACACCAAAUCUACACACAUUAACUAGCAAAUGACAGCAACACUAGACUGCCUUGAAACUAAUGAAUCUCUCCAACGACUUCGAUCUAGUUCAGAUCAAAGUAAGUUUCAUUCAAAUGCAGAUUCAAGCUGAGUUUCAUUUGAUCAGGUUCGCAGUUUUGCAUACUAGGCUUAGGAAUGCAUACAACAAGGCUCUGAGUGUUUAAGGCUCCAGAAAGCAGCAUGUGAGGAACACCAAUCUAUUGCCGAUUCUCUAUAUGUACAGCAAAAAAUUGAAGAAUCAAGUGUGUAAUGCCGAGCUCUGUUCUAUUGAACCCGUUUUUUUUAUCACAAAACUGUACAGUACUGGGAAAUGCCCCCGGUGUGACUAAAUCUGAGUCCGUAAUUGCAUCAGCAAAUUCUUCAUGCUUUCAAGGUUCUGACAUACCUGAAUAAUAUCUGAAAUAUUCUGAACUGACGACUCGGGGCUUGACAAGUUGUUCAUAAUGGCUGCGCAUUUAGCUUGUGAAUCUUCCACUGCUUCCUCCAGCAAACAAACUGUAGAUUCUGCUUUCCUCUCAUCCAUGGUGCCAUUGCUCAGAUUCAAUGGUGGCAUGGUUGCAAAGCUGUGAGGGCUACCAACUCUGCUUAGCCUUUCUGGAGUGAAAAUCCUUUCAAAGCCCUCACUUCCAAGAUUGCUAAGCUGGUCGAUGGCAGCCAGACCGAUGGAGCGCUCCAGCUUCAGGAGCCUCAGGAUGCCAGCAGUAAUCCUGCCCAUGGCAUCCAACUCUGAUUUACACAAGAAUGCAAGAUGCUGGAGCUCAUCUUUGGUAACAACAGCCUGAAUCUGCAAUACAGAGAACUUGACGUUCUCUGCUUCCCAGUUGUCCAUAUGAUAAUCGUCAUCAUCAUCAGCUUCCUCUGGCAUCACCAAACUAACCUCAAAUUCUAACCCUCCAGGUGACUGGACAACUUCUUCAACUCCAUUUUCAGAAACUCUAAAUUGUUUUUGAGAAUGUGGCUUCAGUAUCUGUAACCCUUCCACGCCAACCUACAACCAAAUCUACAGGAUAUUUCCGCACAUGUGAAUUUCCUUUACCAUCUAGCUCGUUCUUCAGACUACUUUUUGCUUUAACCAGAAAACUCUGGAAAGUAGUGUGCCAACUCCUCUGCUCUCUGCCUAGAUUGUCUAGGUCAACAAAUGACGAUCCCCCUGCUAAUUCUCUUUCACCUUCAAGAGCAAACAACCAGUCUUUGAAUUCUACACGUACAUCAACAUCAUCUGGCAUUCCAAGCUGCAGUAGACCACCUUCAUUAUCACACCCCAAACUUCCAUCUGCAGAGGACAGAAAUGUUUGAUCAUUGAAGCUUAGAUUUCACAGGGAAAAGAUACCAGCAGGGCAUAUAAAACAAAUGAAAACUUUAAUGCCCGCACCUUCAUCAACAUCCUCAGCACUAAGAGGUGAUGACUUGAAAAGUUUUGAUAGUGGGCCCCUUGAUAAAUUCUUUAAUCCUUUAGACAGUCCCACCCCAGGACCACCAUCAGGUCCAAGUAUCCCAAACCGAUGCAGCAGGGACUCGGCAUAAUUCAUUCCUCCACCAAGACGGAGACCAUAAAUGCAGGCUGAUACUCCUAAACUAUGGCACUCUCUGUCCUCUUCACUGAAAGGAAUCAUAUGUUCCACGCUUACAUCUAGAAAAGGAACCACAUAAUUUUUACCAUUGGAUUUCGGCAUGGUCUCCUUAUUUACCCAAAGGACAGCUCUGAGAUCAGGGUAUCCAUUAACACUUACCAAAUCAUCAUUCUCAACGGUGCUUAUCAUUGACUCAUCUUCAGUCUCUACACAGUCUAUCUCAACACUCUGCCACUGUA